GAAGAAGAAGUGGCCGUUGUCUGAGCUUGUUACUGGAAAUCGAGUUCUCAGACGAUUCUCUUGCAUGGUUUUCUCUCUGCAACUCUAUCAUCUUGCAACGCGCACUGAUGCCGCCUUGCCGGAGAGUUUCGCCGGAGUUCGGUCAGUCCGGUGCAGGAAGCCUCUGUCCGUGAGAUGCGAUGGCGAUUCUUCUUCUUCUUCUUCCUCUUUGGUGGCUGCUUAUUCCAAAUUUGACGCGAAGGUGUUCCGGAAGAACUUGACGAGGAGCGAGAAUUAUAAUCGCAAAGGGUUUGGUUACAAGGACGAGACUCUGGCGCUCAUGAAUCGCGAGUAUACGAGUGAUAUCAUAAAGACUCUCAAAGAAAAUGGAUUUGAAUAUAGGUGGGGAAAUGUUACUGUAAAACUGGCGGAAGCAUAUGGAUUUUGUUGGGGAGUUGAGCGAGCAGUCCAGAUUGCUUAUGAAGCGAGAAAACAAUUUCCUGAUGAGAAAAUAUGGUUACAAACUGAAUCAUGGGGAGUUAGUUGAGAAGGAGAAUUGGCUACCCAAGGGUCCUAUCACAAUCGGUGUUACAUCCGGUGCCUCGACCCCCGAUAAGGUUGUCGAAGAUGCUCUUGUCAAAGUCUUCGACAUUAAGCGUGAAGAAGCAUUGCAGGUUGCAUAAAUUUAUAGGUUAGUAGUUCAAAUUGACUUGUUAGAG